AUGACCGGCAACUCCAGCAAGUUCUACCGCUCACUGGCACAAUGGAACGACCAGCAACCAACACAGGAACUGCUGCCGCGUUCCCUACAAGGGCUUUCCCUCAGGUCGAUCAACCUACUCAAGAAUCUGAUCGAGUUGCCCGCCCAACCAGACCCUUUCCCCAAAAAACGCCGAGCGGCGGUGAUGGUCGGAUUGUUCGCCAGUCGCCAAGGCCAUCUCAAUGUCUUGCUAACUCGGAGGAGCAAAACUAUGCGGACAUACGCUGGCGAAACAGCCCUACCAGGAGGAAAGAUGGAACCACAAGACUUGUCACUCGAAGAUACCGCUCGCCGCGAAGCACACGAAGAAUGUGGGAUCACCCUCAACCGGCAUAAAGUCCGAAAAUUGGCCACCUUAUCGCCCUUUCUAACUCGCGGAAACCUCAUUGUCACCCCCAUCGUAUUUUUCAUUGCCGAUCAAACUUUAAUGCCUCGACUCAAUGCCAAGGAAGUGGAUGUAUUGUUCUCGCACCCUUUGGAGGAUUUCCUAACAGGUCCAAUAUCUCGUUCAUUCAACACUGAUUGGUUUUCAACCCACUUACCCUACCGAUUGUUUGAGUUUCCCAGUAAACAUUCCCCCAUCGUUGGAUUCACUGCGGACGUUCUGAUUGAAGUGGCAGUUCUAGGAUACGGACGUGAGCCGGAAUUUGAAAGGAAAGCAGCCGGUCAAUUGUCUAUGUCAGAAAUCAUCACGAUCGCUCUGAGAGAAGCGCCCGAAUUCCAAUCAGAUGAACAAGCUCACCACGUCGCUAAACAUGAUAUCUUGGAAGACGGUCCAAGAAGCCCUUUGGCUCGACUCCGGUAUGCUCUAAAGCUUUCGCCGAACGUCCUCAUCUCUGAAACGUUUUCUUCCCUCCGAAAAUUUGUAGGGGCAAAACUGUAG